CCGUCGGCGUGCCUCAGGCCCCGCCUGGGAUUCCCCUUUCGGAUUCGGCGCGCUUUUCUCCUUCGCGCUCGGUCCUCCUGCGGGGCUUCUCGCGAGCCAUGCGGGGCUCGAUCGGCGCGAAAGAGCCGCUGACUGUUGACUCUGACGGGGGAGACUGUGUUUUCCUCCGGGUCGGCGCUUGAGGCGGAAGGGGGGGGUGGAGAAGGAGCGUGAAUUUGUAUGGCAGGUGGAAAUCCGGCCGGUGAAGCCCUGGGGUGAGGCAGGGGAAGGUGGGCAAAGGGGUCUCACCGGCGAUCGGGAGCCUUGGAGGGAAGGGCUGAGCCCGGCAGGCAGAAGUCUUGGGAAUUGGGCUUGGCGGGCAGAAAUCUUCUACAUACCUGCUUCGUUCUCCUGCAAGGCUAUGUUCUCAGAGCAAGGUGUCCAGUCUGCACAGGGACUCUUGACAUCGCCGUCUGCAGUAGCUUCCACCUUUGCCCGCGUGCCCAUCUCAACAUACACCAACUGCUCCCAGAAUUUCAGGCUUGGGGAGCGAACAUUCAGUCGGCAAUAUGCUCAUAUCUAUGCUACACGCCUUAUCCAGAUGAGACCGUUAUUGGUGGACAGAGCCCGGCGUAAAUGGGGGAGUAACAUUACGGUGAAAAAGCUAUGCGAGUUACAGAUCUCAGAGAAGUGCUGUGUGGUGGGAACACUGUUCAAGUGCAUGCAGCUUCAGCCUUCCAUCUUACGGGAAAUUAGCGAAGAGCACAAUCUACCCCCCCAUCCUCCCCGCCUCAAGUACAUCCACGAGUCCGACGAACUGAUCCUGGAGGAUGAGCUGCAGCGGAUCAGACUAGAGGGAGAGAUACCGAUCGACAAGCUGGUGACAGGGACCAUCCUCGCCGUCUAUGGUUCAGAGAAGGAUGACGGCAGGUUCCUGGUGGAAGAUCACUGCUUUGCGGAUAUGCCAACCCAGCUGCCCAUGAUGGGGCCCAGCACAGACAAAUUUGUCUUGCUGGUGUCAGGCCUGGGCCUUGGUGGCAAGAGUGGAGACGGUCUCCUGGGCACGCAGCUUCUGGUGGACAUGGUGACAGGACAGCUGGGCGCGGAAGGGGAGCAAUCCAGCGCGGCCCUCAUUUCCCGAGUCAUUCUGGCAGGCAACAUGCUUAGUCAGAAUACCCAGAGCAGAGACAGCAUGCACAAGGCAAAAUACCUCACCAAGAAGACUCAGGCGGCCAGUGUUGAAGCUGUAAAAAUGCUGGAUGAAAUUCUGCUGCAGCUCUGUAUGUCUGUCCCUGUGGAUGUGAUGCCGGGAGAGUUUGACCCAACCAACUACACCUUGCCUCAGCAGCCCCUGCAUCGCUGCAUGUUUCCUCUCUCAAAUGGGUACACCACCCUGCAGCUAGUCACCAACCCAUACCAGGCAAACAUUGAUGGAGUCAGAUUUCUGGGAACUUCAGGCCAAAACGUAAGUGAUAUUUUCAAGUACAGCAGCAUGUCUGAUUAUCUGGAAAUUCUGGAAUGGACCUUAAGGAUUGGGCAUGUCAGCCCCACAGCUCCUGACACUCUGGGCUGUUACCCAUUUUACAAGACGGACCCCUUCAUCUUCAGCGACUGCCCUCAUAUCUAUUUCUGCGGAAAUGCACCCGCCUUCAAAUCCAAGGAAGUCAAAGGAGAAGAUGGCCAGAAAGUCUUGCUGGUGACACUUCCUGAUUUCAGCACAACACACACAGCUUGCUUGAUCAAUUUGUGUGACCUCACUUGUCAGCCAGUUACUUUCUCCGCCUUUGGUGAUGACGACGAAGAAGAAGAGACAGUGAUGGAGACUGGUGACUGAGAGACAUGGGCUUAGUUGUUCUCCUUCCUAGAACUUGGGAGUCAUCCCUGUUCCUGCUUUUUACUGUAGAGUUUGACUUUUGGCUCAAAUAGAUAGGAAUACAAUAAAAUAUUCCAGUUCCUUUGCA